AUGACCGAAAACGAGCCUUCCGACAGUGAGAAUGAUGCCUACGCGACAACAUGGGAUCCUGACCGCGAAGACCUUCGUUGGGUACCACCCGGAGCUGCUCUUCCCGCCCUUAUCAACCUCCCAACCCAUACUGAAGCUGUUCAGGAAGCAAAUCGCCUUUUGAUGAACACAGGAUUCGCCAUCAACAUUAGGACCCCGCUCUACACGAAGCCCUCAAGGGCAAAUCCGGUGAGGACAGUUUGCGGAGCUGUAUUGCGGUGUGCACAAGGUAGAACGUAUAGCUCGACUGGUAGCAACAAGCGGAAACAGAGCUCCAGAAUGACUGCCUGUGAGUGGAAAGGACGCAUGAGGUGGGUAGAAGCCGAAGGAGCUUCUGGAGCUUCUGGAUGGCAAUUCACUACGGAAGAUGGGCGUCACAACCAUCCUGCUGCUGGUGUACUUGCUUUGCCGCAGUUCCGGAAGCGCGAUGAAGCUUUACUAGAGCGCAUCAAGGGCGCGAAGAGCAAUCGCGACUCAGCCAUGAAGAUACUAAGAAAGGAACGUUCGGCGGGAGCCAAUAUAAUACGCUCAGAUGUAUCAAAUGAGUUGGCGAAGCUCCGCUGCGAGGAGCUUGGUGGCCGUACACGUAUUCAAGCGCUGGCUGAGUUCCUCUCAACAUACUCUUGUGAUGACAGCGGUAACGAGGAUACCAAGUUCUGGCAUAAGAUAACCCAGGAUGAUCAAGGUCGUGCCCGUAUCAUUUUCUUUGCUCACCCACGCGCCUUUGAGCUUAUCAAGUGUAACCCAGACGUUGUUGAGAUUGAUGCUACGUACAAAACGAACGCCUUCAACAUGCCGCUGGUUCAUAUCGUGGGUAUCACUUGCCGGGCAACAACGUACGACAUUGCGUACGCCUUCAUCCCAAAUGAAGCCGCGGAGACCUACCUAGAGGUCGUACAAUACCUGAAGGAGCUCUUCGACUACCUCAGCGUCUCCCCAAAGUGUUUCUUGACCGAUCACGAUAGGUCUCUUAAAGCUGGGUUAUCCGUUAUCUUUCCAGGCAUCCCGCAGCGUCGCUGCAUUUGGCAUAUAUAUCAAAACGUCCAAACUGAAGCUGUGAAAGCUUGGGACGUUCGGAGGGUUGCUACAGCGGAGGAGAAGGACGUUAUCGAGAAAGCUAGGCUUGAUUUCAUCCAGGUUUGGCAGAGCUUAGUAUCCUGCCCUACCGAAGAUGCCUUUUGGGCUUUAAAGGAGCAGAUUUGGGAGAGCUAUGCUGGCUUUCCAGCGCUUCUGCAGUACCUAAAAGCUCACCAGUUGCCCCAUUACCACGAAUGGGCAGAGUGUAUAUGUAAGUUCUUUCCCGACUUUGGCCAGAAAGCCACCUCUCGCGUUGAAGGAGCUCAUCGCCAGCUGAAGCUUGCCCUUACUUCCUGGAAAGCUGGCCACAUUUACGACGUCGUUUUGGACAUCCAUCAAUUAGUGCUUGUACAGCGAAAUGAGCAUGACGGACACCUACAACUGGAUGAAGCCAGGCAUGCAACUGACUGCCUCCUGCUCGAGUUUGCACGCCUUCAUCGAAAGGUAAGCCACCAAGGCCUCCGUAAGCUGAAGGAGCAGUUACUGCUAGCCAAGGAUGAGCGUUAUGACGAGCUUGAGGAGUGUUCAGGCGCUUUCUCUAUGAAGUUUGGGCUGCCUUGUAAGCAUACACUUCACCGUCAACUCAACGAACCCGGGGGACUCGUUAUUGAUCCAAAGGACAUUCACCAACACUGGUGGUAUCACCCGCCGCGCGCACGCGGUGAGGAGGUGCAAGACGAACGAUAUAUACUUGAUCCUGAAAAGAUAAGGCCUAAAGGACGCCCACAGGGUUCCACAACAGUCACCUUGCCUUCAACACAAGUCUCUCAAAGCCUCCGCGGACGCCAACCUCAACGUCAACCCCGAGAAAAGACGAGGAACGAACACGUACAAGCUACCCAGCAAACCCAGCAAGCUGAGGAAGCUUCUGACGACGAUAUAGAGCCUCGCCGAGGCAACCGACGUCGUCAGCCAACCCAGAAGGUCCUGGAGAACAUGCAGGACCCAGUUGAGAUAUCCUCUGCCGAAGAAAGCAGUUCUGACGAUGAGGUAAUCGUCCAGGAGGUUUUAGUUACCCGUACAGCCAAGAGGGUCGUCAGGAAGGUUACUAAGAAGCCAACAGCUAAUGAUCGUAUCCUUGGUGUACUUGAAAAGGUUCUGGCAAACCAGGCGGAGCUUUCUAAGCGUCUCCAGGCUGUAGAGAAGCCUCAACAGGUUCAUGAUGACUUUAUUAAUGUCGGCCAUAGGGCUUAUCCCUUGGCUCCUCUUUGGGCAACCAGGCAGCCACCUAUUUACCCGCUAGUACCUUUACGGCCUAGCUCCUUCUCUCCUCCCACUGCGUAUAUAGACCUCUUCCCGAUAGCUCUAAUACGAGAUGAUGAUUCUCCCCAACCUUGACGCUUGACAAUUAACAUUAACAGCAUCGAUAUUGACCAUGAUUCACCCCCCAAACAACCCAGGAAGAAGCGCAAAGCUCCAUAACCUAAGAAACCUUCAAUUCACCCCUCCAAAAGACGUCGAAAUAGUAGUUAAGAAGACUAAUGCUCAGUCGGGCUUGCUUGCUUGAGCAGCUCACAAUUAUUUGGGUAUACCGGAGCUAUUUAGACCAAUAAGAGGCCUCCGUUAUAAUUAAAACGCGUACAAAUAGCGAUUGCUACAGGUACUGUAAGCCCUAGGUUGCGUACGCCUUCGUACGAUUCAUUGUUAGGUCAACCCAAGGGUUCAUCUCAUCCAAAAGUCUCCAAAAGUUCAUUGUUUUUCAUGCGAUUUCGUUCUACGGCGUUCAUGGACGUUAUUAGAAGCUGCCAGAAGCAUCCCCGACCGCGGUAUACCCUAGGUUUGCUUUGUAUUGGCUAGGUUGGUGUUGGGGGCUCCAUUUUGAGUUUCUUUCCGCAUACUGGUUACUCCAAGAUCAUGCACAACUCCACCACCCCUUGAUCAAUCUUUUUUGAAAUUUUACUACAUCACAAUCAAUGCCAUUGAAAUCAGCUCCUAGCUUUUGGUAUAAUUGCGCCGUGACGUGGAGGUGUGGUGUGGCCGCGGAGGUGGUGGAGGAUUUGGGUGGGUU